AUGUUAUCGAAAGGAAAUGUAAAAAAUCUGACCACAGAUGAGAUAAACGAAAUGAUUAAUAAUUCUUUAAAAUCAGGGGAUACAGAUGAAGCGCCUUAUUUUUUACAACAAAAUAAUAUUUAUUGGGAAACAGGCCACAGAACUUAUAUCCCCUUUUUCCAUUUCAUGAUACAUAAAUAUACGACUAAAAUUAUAGAUGAUCAAAUAAGAAAAUUCACAGAUAGUGUAAAGAGUGUUCAUCAUACACCAUAUGUAUUUCAUAGGGAUGGAUAUUUCAGAAGUUAUUAUGGGGAUCCAGAUAUUAAUAUGGUUUUUAAUUUAAAGAAAAAUACAAACUUUAUUUUUAAUUCAACAGGUACUCAUAAUUCAUAUAGUUUACUAAGUAAUAAUAAUACUUAUGAUAAGUCUACUCAUAUAUUUGAUCAGGUACUUAUGAGCGCCUUUAAAUUAGACUUAAAGAGUGUCUUGGAAAAUAAUGUAUAA